CAUUAGUCAACUUGAUUUCGUUGGAGGUUGUGGUGUGUCCGACUCGAGCUGUCUGUUGUUCGAUCCGAGCUCUCCACAUUUGAGAACACUUGUUCAAAAUAAUUACAUUAUCGUCGUAACUGUGUUGCUUCACAAUAUAUUCGUGCAAUACAUUUAUGUAUUUGGCUUUAUGUGUCUACAUCAAUAGAAAUUUCAACCUUCCGAUAGUGCUUCUUGACAGAUCUCUCGUGUUUCUGAAACUCGAAAAGUGAACAGUUUUGUGUUAACAUUGGUGCGACGUGGGUAAACCACCCGAGCAUUCGAGUUAAAUUUGAAUGCUGCGUUUCGGCAAACAUGACAACUGGUUGUUAAAAGGCUUCUCCAAGCAGAAAUUCCUCGUGUGCCAUCAUCCUUUAUAUAAACUAAAACUUCACCUGUGUACUUGUGUCCAAAUGUGACGCUAUUUAUAGAAAGCAAGUGCUGUUCGACAUUUGAUUACAUUAUGUGACUGUUGUGACGUGUACAUUGUUAUUCUCUUUAUAAAGUGAUUUCAUCAAGCUGUUUUAUACCAAAAGCAGUAAGGGUCCCGGAGACGGCCCUCGUACUCCAGUGGAGUUGUAUAGACAAGAUUUUCCCAAGGCAGAGGCGGCGGCCGGUCCAGGCGUUUUUCUCGGAUCUUUGGAUCGGGCCGAUUAUCUGCCGCCGCCUCCAGCCGCCUCUCCGCCGCCUGCAGAUGUCACUCACAUGUCCAUCGGUUUCGUGGAGAAUGCCGGGUAUGUCAUAAGUCGUCAGAACAUGCUACACUUCUAUAGGCAAAGGAAAGUGGUAAGCAAAAGUACAUCAAGUAGCCCACUGAUCACUUGGUAACGUCAGCUUAAGCCAAAAUGAGCUUGGUCCGUGCGAGUUACAGGACCCGGUGUGGGCCAAGAUGAGCGCCUUGGCCACCGGUGUCAACAAGAAAAGGAAAAAAUCCGAAACAAAACCUCAGGCGCAAAUCAACAAAUGCAACAAUGAAAAGCGACGCCGCGAGCAAGAAAACAUCUACAUAGAAGAGCUAGCUGAGCUAAUAUCCGCAAACUUCGCGGACAUGAGCUCGUUGUCGGUGAAGCCGGACAAGUGCGCUAUCCUUCAAGAAACCGUCAACCAGAUCCGUAGCAUCAAGCAGCGGGAGUCGACGUCGCAGUCCUGCGAUCCCGUCCAGCAGGGAGAGGUCUCCUCGUCGCGGCCCACCAUCCUCUCGAACGAGGUCUACGGCCCGCUGCUGUUGGAAGCCCUGGAAGGCUUCCUCUUCGUGGUGAAUGCCGAAGGCAAAGUCGAGCACGUUACCGAGAACGUCUCCAACUACAUCAAGUUCAGCAAGGAGGAGAUCUUCGGCAACAGCAUCUACAACUUCAUCCAUCUCGGCGACCACGGGCGCUUCAGCGCGAACUUGAUGCCGAUGACCAUCGGUUGGGGUAGCGACCCGAAUUCGACUCGAUCGCGCUCCUUCAGCGUGCGCUUCCUGGUGAAGCCGCCCGACGACCAAGACGAGACCGUCGAGGAGAAGCAACAGCGCGUCAGCUGCUACGAGCUGAUGCACAUCUCGAGCACCCAACUGAAAGACCAAGUGUCAGUUACCGAGGACGAGGGCGGCGACAGCGGGCCCUACCUCCUGUGCGUGGCCAGCCGGAUUUCCCACAGGGACAAAGCCACCACCGGCAUCGAACAGUUCACCACCAAAUUGGACACCUCCGGGAAGAUUAUCGGGGUCGAUGGGUCGGGGGUAUCGGGGCAGUUUUCGCAGUUCAUUAACAAAGAACUUUUGGACCGGUCGUUCAGGGAUCUGGUGCCCCAACAAGAAGUGCACAAACUCAACGCGCAUCUGAGGGAUACGAUUAAUGUGGGACAGUCGACUAGUACAGUUUAUAAACUGCAAAUUAGUCCGGACAAAGUCGUGCAAGUGCAAACCAAAUCGAAACUUUUUAAGACUAACCCACAUACCUCCACAGACACCGACUUCAUCAUGGCCACACACUCCAUAGUAGGCGAAUACGAUGCCAUUGGUCCGACGGAUCCCGGAGGUGGAGGCACCAGCAGCGUCGGCGGCCCUUUGAUGACCAGCGUCGUGAACGGCACCCGCAACGGCACCGCCCCCGUCAGCUCCGGCAGCGACAGCUCGACGACGUCGUCGAACGCCCUAAUGAACGCCGGGAACACUUCCUCCUUCAGCACCUACACCAUCGAGAACGACUUCUCGUUCGAAAUCUUUCCGACGUCGACGUUCGACCUGGAGCCGCCGGGAUGGACGGAGCCGCGGCCCGACUCGCGGCAGAGCGCCACCCCCGUGUCCACCCCCACGCCGCGGCCGCCCAGCAACCCCGCGUACAGCCCGGCCACCACGGUGGCCCAAAGCCCGCUGGCGGCGUUCGUCACGCAGCCGAGCCCGUCGACGCCCGCCGCACCCAACCCGUACUCGAGCACGUUCCCGUUCAGCCCGCUACCGGAGCAGAACUACGUCGAAGAACCCAAAGAUACCAAAGCGAACGUUUUGGACGAGGCGUCCACCAUGAUGGCCGAGUCCGGUAGAUUAAGGAACUUGUUGACGAAGCCUCCCACCGUCGCCGAUUCCUCGGCGAGCAACGCCAACGACAGCAGGAAUAAGCACACGAUAUUGAAGUGCUUGCUGAACCAGCAAGACGAGGACGACAAUAGGAGUGAUAACAGGACGAGUCCUAGAGGGGGGCUUGUCAAUAGGGGUUCCGUUGCGGGACCGUCAGAGUUACCGAAAACCUCCACAGAGAAUCAGAUGUUGCUACAGUUGCUGAACGACAGAAGCGACGACGACGAUAAUCUUGAGGCGAGAGCUGGAGUAAGAAAGAAAAGCGAAUUACUGCAUCAGCUGCUCAAGAGCGAAAGUCGAGAAAACGAAGACGACAAGAAAAACGAAGUAGUUCCAACAACCGAAGAUUCAUUAUUACGUAGUUUGGGUUUCACGCCGUCACCUCCAAAUGAUGAGCUGGGGAGGAACCGAAAGAGACCAAGUGAUGAUAGGGACGAUCCUGUUUCCAAUAAAAGGUCGUCGGACGGAUCUCAGGUCUCUUCGACAGGUUCAGGAACAGGGAGUAAAUUAUGCGAACGAAACAAAAUGUUGGCCUCCCUGCUGGCGAAGCAACCGAACAACCAGAAACCCAUCCCUCACAUACCCGUAAGCAUUUUGUCGGCGGUGCCGCAGGAUGCCCUGCGGAAGAUUUCCGCAGGACCCGAUGCUGCUACAACGACCAAGCCCAUGCCGACGCGACCCACUACCUCCGUCACGCAGCAGCGGACAGUCGUCAAGAACACCCUACCCGACAUCUCGCGGAUGGGCAGCCGACAACCAAAUACCAACUACCUCAAUACUAUGUUGACACAUCCGAAUAGUAUCCAUCAUCAGCGUACGACGAAUAGCCAACAGAUGACUCAAGGUGAUUCGGUUUCGUAUGCGUCGCCACCGACUUCCAGUACGGACGGAAAUAUGGACGCUCAAUUAUGGGGUGAUAAUAAUAAUGUGCAUUCGAAUGAUCCUCUGUUGUCUGAUAUUUUGGAUCAAGUUAUGGAUAUUGUGCCGGAUGAAGUCGGGAGAACUUUCGCGCACACGGAAGGGCAACAAGCGAACAAUUUUCAGAAUGAACUUAGCGAAAAAAUGGCGAUUAAUAUUAUACAAAAGUCGCUGAUGCAGUGUGAAUCGGCUGUGAAAAGUCCUUCGUCACCGACAAUUCCGCUACCGGGGACGCCGCCGGCAUACACCCCGAACACAACGCAAAACAACCAAAUGCGCCCAUUCCCCCCGCCUCCCAACUACCCUCAAGGCGGCUUCAUCCCCAAGCAGCGUAUCCCCGUCAGAGCGGGAACUCCCCAGUAUGCAGUUGCUAGCGGCAACCAACUCCUUCUUCAACGUAAACAACAAGAAGACAGACGCCGUCUUCUUCAACAGCAACAACAGCAGGAACUCCUAAUUCCGUCCAACGCUACAGCAGCUGAAAUUAACUCGGGUUUACAAAAUAUCGACAGCCUUCUCAAUAAUACAGUAGCGCCCAAUGUAUCCUUACAAAGAUCCGCCAGCUUACCGGAGUCCCAAUUGUCUCCAAAUUACGGGAGUCAGUUGAGCCAGCAGAACCAGAGACUCAACAGCCAACAGCCGUAUUCGCCCCACUCUCAGUUGGUGUCACCCAUUGGACAACAAGCGGGAUUCCCUCAGACUUCAGCGGCCAAUUACCAGCAGGCUGCGGCGAGGUUGUCGCCGCAGUUUAACCAGCAGAUGUCGUUGCGGCAGGCGUACCCUCAGGGAAACGCGCAGGGACAGAACUGGCAACAGAACCAGGCUAGGCUCAGCAUGCAGAAUCCCAUGCUUAACGCCCAACUCACUGGCAACUAUGUGUCAGGAGGGCCUAACGGUCGAAAUUUUCAGAGAACACCUAACCAACCGCAGCAGACUCAACAGCAGCAGGCACAACAACAACAAAGGUCUCUGAACAGUCCCGGAACGGUGACGUCGCGGCACUCACCGUUCUCACAGGAGUCUUUCGCCCCGCCGACGUCCCCCAACUCUCCCGCUUUUAACCAGACUCAGUACCUGAGGCUACAGCGCGCUAACAGCGUGCCCACUGCCACAACCCAGUUGCCAGGUGGCCUGGGAUCCCCCCGGCCAUACGGCAGGGACCACCACCCACUUCCCUAUCCCCAAAUUCCUUCCAACCCUCACCAACACCCCAUGAUGUACCAACAAGAAUCCCAGUACUGUUAUGAGACGGGUUUACAGUUAGCCUACAAUGGCGCAGACAGGGGUCGAGCGCCCCCACACCUUCAAGCCGGUGUGUCCGCAAGUGCCCCCGCAUCGGAAUUCGUCAGGCAAGAGUUACGUGCGGUGGUCGGUGCCAGAACUGGGCAAGCCCAGACUGCUCCAAACAGGACUCAGUCUCAGUUACUCAACCAGCAAGUUGAUCUCGAAGCCUUUGGACUUACAUUCGAACUGCCCACGUCUGGUGCGAGUGAUAGCCCGAAACUUUGGGGUGCGAUGGGUUCAGAUAUGGGCUCAAUGUCUCCGCAGCCAGCGACCUCCAGGAGUUCUAUGGAGGAGGCGCGGCCAGGUGAUCACAAUAACAAGUCGUCGCUGCUGCAGAAGCUGCUGUCCGAGUGACCACCGCGUGUACAUAAUAGAGAUAUAUACUACUAGGUACCUCAUCGGUUCUGUACCGCAGGCUGUAAUUUAGACAGGUUAGCUGUAUCAAGUGCAUUACUACGUUGCUUGUUCGUUUCGUUAGGGUAGUGCGGAGCGAGGGAAGGCGCAGAGGGCUUGAGUGCAAUUGUAAAUAAAUAGGAGGACUUUGUUUAUAUUUAUAUAUACAUAUUAUAUAUAAAUAACAAUUAUACAUAAUUAUAUUUUAUUAUUGGACUUGUUUUAAAUUUUGAUUAUGAUUACGUAAUUGGAGCAUCGGCUGACGAAAGCCGGGGCACCUAUCCUGUUAUUAGUUAUUAUUUUGGAUGUGUUUAGUGUUGUCUUCCUUUCAGUGAGUGUUCAAGCUACGCAUUACCAAAAAACAGAAAAAGAUAAAAUGGAUUUUAAAAAUAAUAACAAAUAGUAACUGUUAAUAUUUUAUACAUAAUUUAAAAUACGUUAUUUGGAGAGCUCGUUUUGUUGGACAUUGUGAUAGGCAUCCAAGCCAUGUUACUGUUGCUAGGAACGUUCCUAGACCUUAUUAGUAAUAGCAUUCAUACUUGAUUAUUGUCAAUUACACCCCGCCACUAAAUUAAAAGAAAUGAACAAAUUGACAGACAAAAACAUUAUUUAAUUACACAGAUAUUUUUUGUACAUUAUUGGAGUUUUGAAAUAUAUCUAUAUAUAUUAAAAUAAAAGUAUAAUUUCUA